GUUAGUUUCAAAAGCUUCUGAAUAGCUCCAGCAUAAAUCUAUCGCAAUCGCUGAUGGUCUCUUCUGAGAUUUCGAAGAUCAUAACUUCUCUUUAUAACGAUCUCACUGAUGAAUCUCUCCCAGAGACCCAAGACCUGAUCGCAUGUGGACCCGCUGCUUUUUACAGCCUCGCUCGCUCCUGCCGAGUUCUCCUUUUACAUGCCCAACACUCCUCUUGCCAAUCCGAGAAAUUUAAUGACCAACCUCAAGAUGAACUUCCUUCAUCUUCAUCCCUGGCCGAAACCAACCUGAGUCUUCAGAGUUUUCUGACCUUGGCCCAACAACACAUCAAGUCAGUUCCAUUUAAUCUCGUCCCACGGCAUUGGCUACGCCUCUACACCGACGUCUCUCUCCUAGCUAGCUCGUACGACGUAAUGAUUGGUCCUGGCGGCCGGAGAGAUGGUGUUGAAAAGAGGUUAUUUUGGGAGGGAGUGGUGAGGCGCUUGGAUAUGGCGAUUAUAGUAGCUGGGGCUGUGGGAGAUAAGCGGCAAGGCUGGGUGGCGAGCUUGAUUAAAGAAGCACAAAAGGUUGGAUUGGGAUCGCAAUACUCGUCAUCUCCGAACCAAGACGCGGUGAGAGAAGCAAAACGCCCUCGAAAAGAGUUAAGCCCUCCGUUUGAAUCUCUCUCUGUACCUUUCCUCGACGCACCUAAUCCUGUGCAAGUCUUCGAUACCCCGCCCUCCUUAACAUCAUACAUUCGCUCCUACCGAUGCCACCCAUUCAUAAUCCGCAACUACUUCAACAACCCCGAUGUUGGCUGUUACUGGCCUUCCACAACACGCUGGGCAUCGAUGGAUUACUUAUUGGAACGAGCCGGGAAGGGGCGGGUGGUUCCUGUGGAGAUCGGAGGCGCGUAUGAUGAUUCUGAUUGGGGGCAACAGAUCCUUCCGCUGGAGAUGUUUUUACGACGAGCAGGAUAUCGAUCUGCACAUGACGACAACAUUGGCGACGAUGAUGACAAUGACCAUGCCAAUGGUAAUAGAGAAAGCAGCUCACCUCUAUAUCUCGCCCAAUACAACCUCUUUAGUCAGUUUCCAGAUCUCGCGCAGGAUAUUUCAUAUCCCGAUUACGUCUGGUCGGACCCGCCAGCACCUGAGGGAUACCCCACUUACCAACGCCCUCAAACGGACGAUGGAGUGAUUGUAAAUGUAUGGGUGGGCAGCGGGAGUAGUGAAAUUACCAGUCCGGCACAUACUGAUCCGUUCUAUAAUUGCUAUGCUCAAGUGUUAGGACAUAAAAAGGUCUGGCUCGCGCCACCAUCUUGUGGGGCGCAUAUGUACGCCUAUGGAUCACACGCUCCUAGCAACAGCAAUGGAAAUCAUUCUAAUGAGCCUGGAGGCGAUGAUAAUGACAACGACAGCGGUGAGCUGGUGGACAACUACAUGAUGAAUACUUCCAAAGUUCCCAUUUUAAGACCCAUCAAAAGCCCAUCCACCCUCGCCACCCUCGAGAAAGACUUCCCAGAGUUUUUCAAGUAUGUGUAUCCGAAGAGUUUAAAUGCGGUUUUAAAUCCUGGAGAUUUACUUGUUUUCCCUCCUGGAUGGUGGCAUGCGAUGAGUGGGGUUGGCAAGGGGCCUGUUUGGAGUGUGUCAAUGUGGUAUUGAAUAUCUUCGUCACCAUUAUAUGUGAUUUAUUGUCGAGCGUUAUAAUAACUGGACAUUGAAGAGGCUCUGUGGAGAGAAUAUCUAGCAUGAAAUCAUCAAAAGAACAAACCAAAUACACCAGUACAGAGCUUACUCCCUAACAAG